AUGGGCAGAUGCUGUUGCUCUCUAAAGGUGUGGCAGUUGGGUUCUUCCUCACCAAACUUCACUCUGGAGGGACAUGAGAAAGGCGUGAAUUGCAUCGAUUACUACAGUGGUGGCGACAAACCAUACCUCAUUUCAGGUGCAGAUGACCGUCUUGUUAAAAUAUGGGACUAUCAGAAUAAAACAUGUGUACAGACACUGGAGGGACAUGCCCAAAAUGUGUCUUGUGCCAGUUUUCAUCCUGAGUUGCCAAUCAUCAUCACAGGUUCAGAAGAUGGAACCGUGCGUAUUUGGCAUUCAAGCACAUACCGCCUUGAGAGCACGUUGAAUUAUGGAAUGGAGAGGGUGUGGUGUGUGGCCAGUCUGCGAGGGUCCAACAAUGUCGCUUUGGGCUACGACGAAGGGAGCAUCAUUGUUAAGCUUGGUCGGGAGGAACCUGCCAUGUCCAUGGAUGCCAAUGGAAAGAUAAUUUGGGCCAAGCAUUCAGAAGUCCAGCAAGCCAACCUGAAAGCAAUGGGAGAUGCUGAAAUUAAAGAUGGAGAAAGACUGCCACUAGCCGUCAAGGAUAUGGGCAGUUGUGAAAUAUACCCCCAGACUAUUCAGCACAAUCCUAACGGGCGGUAAGCCAACACCAGAAUCUCUCCUGAGCUUCUGUGUAUGUUAGAGCAGGGUUUGCAUAUCCACAGUGUAUACCACUUUUAUUCUGUGGUGGGCUUCCCUCAUGAGCUUUUGCCCUGGAAUCCUCAACACAGCUGCAGGCAGCAUGCCAGUUGAUCGAGUUGGCAUGCAAGGUGAAAGCAUAUUUGCCUUUCUGGUUUUGUCCCACCACACAAUUUUGAACAGUUAAAUAGUUUUGUAUUUAUUCAUUUUAAAUGUACUGGGUUUGUGUUCUCCUUUGAGGGCAGGUAUCAUAUCUUACCCUGAGACUCAGUAGGUGCUCUAAAUACUUGCUAACUUAAGACGAAAAGGUGACUCUGAAGUAAGUAAAUGUCCUUUGAGAAAACUGGGAGAUUGGUAAUAAUUCUGCUUCUUAUUUGUAAUUUGAACCAUCAUUUUUGUUUCUUAAGAUUUAGAAAGCACCAAACAUCUUGAGUUUCAAGCAUGAGUUUAAACCCGUGCACCUUUAAAAGUUACUUUACAGUAGAUGUGGGCAUCUUAUAAUUCUGUGCUGAGUAUUGAAAAAGACAAGCUGUGUAAACCAAAUGUACUACUUGUUCAGUAAAUGAUAUCCAUAGUUACUUGUAAUAUAAUUUUCUUAGGAAGAUUAAGAAUGCAUUAUAUAUUUUUUCACUUAAUGUCAUAAAACAUUUUUUUUGCUGCAAGUUUUGCAUUUUACCAUUGGCAAUCUAAUAGCAGCCAAUACAAUAUAUAAAAAAUUAAAGAUUUUAAUUAUCAGAGAG